UUUCUGCAUCCCCCUCUCUCGCUCUCUUCUCCUCCCCUCUCUCUCCUUAUUCCGCUGGGGAUCUCGCCGUGGGCGACUGAAACCCUAACACUCUUGACGUUCUCCUCUUCUACUAGAUUCCUUUCUCGGAUCUCCUCUGCUCCCGCGUCACCGCAGUCAUCAUCUGAUCGCCUUCUCCGUUGGCUUUGAUCCGAAUUGCGUGCUCUCCACGCGGCUCCGCUGUCGUCGGGUGCUCUAGUGAGGUGGAUUUAUACUCAUUACAACGUUUUGACGGGCUUCUAUCUGUCCCUUUGGUUCUGGCGAUGCGAAUUUGGAGAUGAAGUUUAAGAAGAGAAGGGUUUGCGAGACGUCUCCAAGGAUAACACUUUUCAUUAACAAGGUCACUUCUACUGCUUUUGAGAACAUAGCAGAAACAUUAAAAGACUUUGUAUGGGAGUUUGAUAAGGGAGAUUUUCAUCACUGGGUCGAUCUGUUUAAUCAUUUUGAUUCAUUUUUUGAUAAAUACACAAAGCCAAGGAAAGAUUUGCAGAUUGAAGAUAAUUUUCUUAAUGCAGAUCCAUUAUUUCCCAAGGAUGCAGUUCUUCAGAUUCUUCAUGUUAUGAGAGUUAUCUUGGAGAAUUGUACAAACAAGUACUUCUAUAGUUCAUUUGAACAGCAUUUAUCCCUUCUCCUAGCUGCAUCUGAUGCUGAUGUUGUUGAAGCAAGCCUUCAAACACUGACCGCAUUCUUGAAAAAAACAGUAGGGAAGUGCUCCAUUCGAGAUGCCUCUUUGAGAUCUAAAUUGUUUGCUCUGUCACAAGGUUGGGGAGGGAAGGAAGAUGGGCUUGGAUUAAUCACUUGCUCUUUGCCAGAUACAUGCGAUCCAGUAGCUUGUGAUGUCGGUUCUACACUUCACUUUGAGUUCUAUUUAACUGAUGAGUCAUCAAAUGUAUCUUGUAGUACAGAAGAUGUGAAACAGGGGUGGCAGGUAAUUCAUCUUCCAAACAUCAACACUAACAAUGAGGAUGAUCUCCAAAUUAUGCAGAAGUUAGUGAGGAACUACAGUAUACCUCUGAAGUUACGCUUUUCACUAUUGACAAGAUUGAGAUUUGCCAAGGCCUUUUGUUCUUUAACAGCUCGACAUCUGUUCAUUCGAGUUCGCUUGUAUGCUUUCAUUCUUCUUGUUCAAUCAAGCAACAACGCUGAUGAUUUGACAACAUUUUUUAAUAAUGCACCAGAGUUUAUCAGUGAGUUGUUAUCUUUAUUAAGUUACGAAGAUGGAAUUCCUGAAAAAAUUCGAAUUUUGGCUAUUCUAUCAUUGGUUGCUCUCCACCAUGAUCGAACUUACCAACCUAUGGUUCUGUCUUCUGUAUCUGCUGGUGGUCAUCGUGGGACCCUUUCCAGUCUUAUACAAAAGGCUGUAGAUUCGAUUAUUAAUGGCUCCAUGAGAUUUUCUAUUCUUUUUGCUGAAGCACUGCUUGCUCUUGUCUCUUUAUUGGUUUCUUCAACUCCAGGUUCUUUAGCUCUGCAAGAAGCAGGAUUUAUACCCAGUAUUUUACCCCUUUUCAAGGAUACUAACACCCAACACUUGCAUCUUGUUAGUAUGGCAGUUCGUGUAAUUGAAGGUUUCUUGGAUUAUCAUAAUCCAUCUUUAGCAUUAUUCAGAGAUUUAGGGGGUUUAGAUGAUGCCAUUGCACGUCUUAAAAUUGAAGUUUCACAUGUUGAAGGCGGAACAAAUGGUACUGGAGAGAGAGUAUUGAAUGAUAGCAAGGGCAAACAAAUCAUAAGCAGUCUGUCUCAAUUAGAUAAGCAACCUUUUUCUUCAGAAAGUAUUAUUACGCAUGACAGAAGGUCACUCAUUAAAGCUUUACUUCGUACAAUUUCACUUGCAACCUAUGUUCCUGUAAACUCUGCUCGUGUUGGUGGAUCUGAAGAGAACAUCUUACCAACAUGUUUGGCCAUAAUUUUCAAGAGAGCUAAAGAAUUUGGUGGUGGGAUAUUUUCAAUUGCUGCAAAUGUUAUGAGUGAUCUUAUACACAAAGAUCCAACAUGCUUUUCUGUCCUUGCUGCAGCUGGUGCACCUAGUGCUUUUAUUGAUGCUAUUGACAUUGGUGUACCUUACUCUAGCGAAGCUGUAAGUUGUAUUCCCCAGUGCUUAGAUGCCCUGUGUUUGAAUAAUAGUGGUCUUCAAAUGGUCAAAGAACGUAAUGCACUUAAGUGCCUUACAAAGAUCUUCACUUCUACAUCAUAUUUGAGAGCACUGAAUGAACAAUCAUUGGAAAUGUUGUCCAACGGGUUGGAUGAAUUGAUGCGCCAUUCAUCAGUGCUGCGUGCUUCUGGUGUUGAUGUGCUCAUUGAUAUUCUUACCACAAUUUCAAGAAUUGGAUCUUCAGAUUUUUUCUCAGAAUCACAGAGCUCUUCGAAGCAUAUUCCAAUGGAAAUUGACCUAGAAGAAAACAUGUCUACUUCCCUUGGCAAAGGAGAUGUAUCUGAGUCUGAGAAUGCAUAUCAAAUGAAUGAGUCAUCUACUGGGUCAUUUCUUCGGGAGUAUAUUUCCAAUGCUGCUCGUCUUCUUGAACCUGUACUUCAGAAUGCUAAUACCAUCAAUGCUUUUAUUGAAAAAAAGGGCAUUGAAUCCCUUCUUAAAUUGUUAACAAUGCAAAUCGUGCCUAUUUCUAUUGCUGUCUCUCAGACCAUAUCAAAUGCCUUUAAAAAAUGUUCAGCUCAAAAUUCUUCUUCUUUGGCUAUGGCUGUCUUUUCAUUUAUGAGGGAACAUCUUAAACUGACCAAUGAUCUGUUGAGUUCGGUAUCCGAAACCAAGCUUGUGGAAAUCGAAAAUCUAAAGCAGAAAGAAGUUUUGAAGUGUCUUUCUUGUCUUGUGGGGCUUUUUACUCUUUCUGCUCUUCUUUUGAAGGGAUCCCCAAAUAUGAUAUCAGAGUUGGGAUCUGCAGAUGCUGAUAUCUUUAAAAAGCUUGCCAUGACUUACAAGGAAAUUGUUUGGCAGAUAUCUUUAUGUAGUGGCUCAUCUGAUGUUAAAGGUGUUCCUAUUCAGGAGGAUGGUAAUAUAGACACUUCAGUGACCGAAAUUGCUGGAAGGGAUAUCGAUGAUGAUGGAAACCUUAUACAAGUCUCUCGUUAUUCCAACUCCUUUUCAAUUAGGGGCAGUUUAGCAACUCGUAGUCAUUGGAGAACUGAACAUGAUCUAGCAUCCAUCCAUCAUUCUUCUGGAUCUAUGCACCGUUAUAAUCGUCAUUCACUUUUACGUGGACGUGGUGACAGGAUUUUUAGGCAGCUAGACCUGCCACUAUCAGAUUCAAAAGGGUCUUCUAGCACAUUAGAAAAUUCCCAUAUGCAUGAGGUUAGAAGCAGAAGUGUUGAAGUUCUUGUACUCGAACUUCUGAGAAAACUUAGCAUUGGAAUACGUUCUUUCCUUGCUGUCAUUGUGAAAGGAUUAUCUGCUCAUCGGAGGGAUUCAAGUUCUCUAGAUCCUACAAGCCUUGUGGCAACUGUUGCAAAAUUUUUUCAUGAUGCUCUUUGUUAUCCAGAACAUACCACAGUUGGCCUUGAAUUAACAUUAUCAGUAAAAUGUCGUUAUCUUGGAAAAGUUGUGGAAGACAUGGCUGCUAUAACUGUGGAUAGGCGCCGCACAUGUAAUUCUGCACUAGUGAACAGCUUUUAUGUUAAUGGUACAUUCAAAGAGCUUCUAACUACAUUUGUGGCCACAAGCCAGCUGCUGUGGGCAAUGCCUUUCACAGUUCCAGCUUCGAGGCUAGGUCAGGAGAACACUGUUGUUGAGAAAGCAUCUCAUAGAUCAUGGCUACUGGAUACAUUGCAAACAUACUGCUGCUUACUUGAAUAUUAUGUCAACUCAUCUUUGUUGUUAUCCUCAGAUGCAUCUUCUGAUACCCAGCUUCUUGUUCAGCCUGUCGCAGCUGGGUUGUCAAUUGGUCUUUUUCCUGUGCCUAAGGAUCCUCAGUUGUUUGUUCGUAUACUGCAAUCACAAGUAUUAGAUGUGAUACUUCCUAUAUGGAACCACCCUCAGUUCCCAAAUUGCAGCCCAUCAUUUAUUACCUCUGUGAACUCUGUACUGACUUACAUUUACUUGGGGGUUGGAGAUCUGAAGCGUGGUCACAACGAUGCCACAGGAGGUACUAAAGGAAGAUUUACCAGUCCACUUGAUGAAACAACUAUUUCCACUAUAGUUGAGAUGGGUUUUACUCGAACUCGUGCUGAGGAAGCUUUGAGGAGUGUGGGUGCAAAUAGUGUUGAAAUGGCAACUGAUUGGCUAUUCAGCCACCCUGAGGAAUAUGUUCAGGAGGAUGUGCAGUUGGCACAGGCACUUGCUCUCUCACUGGGGAACACAUUUGAAUCAUCUAAAGAAGACAGCAAUGUCAUGUCAAUAAAUGCCUAUGUUGAGACUAUGCGGGAGGCACCUCCUGUUGAUGAUAUUCUUUCUGUGUCGGUCAAGUUGUUUAAAUGGACUGAUGAUUUGGUCUUUUCAUUAACAGAUCUAUUUCUGGCACUCUGUCGCAGAAAGAAUGGUGAAGAUUGUCUGAUGGUGGUUCGCUUUCUUAUUCAGCAGCUUAAGCUUUGCCCCUCAGAUCUUUCAAAGGAUACAAUUGCACUUUGUUCACUUUCUCAUAUAUUGGCAUUGCUACUUCAUGAGGAAAGUAGUACUAAGGAGGCAGCUGCAGCAAGUGGUCUCAUUUCCUUUGCAUUAGAUGUAUUAUCCAACUUUAAAUAUGGGCAUGAGUCUAAAUAUGAGGCAUCUGCAACAAAAACUGCAACUUCUUUGCUGCUUAUAAUUGAUAGUUUGGUCCAAUUGAAACCCAAAUUUAUCUCUGGAAUGGCUGUUGGGGCUGGUAAAUCUUCAUCUGAUUUAUGUGGAGCAGAAAAUACUUUAGCAAAUGUAUCACCGAUUACUGACAAUAGCACAACAGUAGAUGGUCAUGAGAAAGAAUCUAUUGAUGCUUUUGAAAGAAUAUUUGGAAAGUCUACUGGUUUUCUAACUGUUGAGGAAAGUCAAAAAGCAUUGUCUAUCACCUGUGAAUUCAUUAAACAGCAUGUUUCAGAAAUUCUUAUGCGAGCUGUCCUACAGUUAUCUGUACGGUUGACUAAAACACAUACAUUGGCAAACCAGUUUCUUGAAAGUGGAGGUUUGGCUGCACUUCUUAAUCUUCCAAAAUCCUGUUCCUUUCCUGGAUUUGACAGUUUGGUGUCUGUUAUUGUCCGACAUCUCAUUGAAGACCCUCAGACUCUUCAAAAUGCAAUGGAAUUGGAGAUGAGACAGAGUCUAACAGGUCAUGCUGGUCGUUUUUCCCCUCGAUUGUUUUUAACAUCGAUGGCAUCUUUACUUACCCGAGAUCCUGCUGUUUUUAUGAGAGCUGCAGCCGCAGUUUGCCAAAUAGAGUCAUCAGGUGGAAGAACAAAUAUUGUCCUGAAGAAGGAAAAAGAAAAAGAUAAGGACAAACUAAGAGCUUCUGGUACUGAUACUGGACUUGUCUCCACAGAGUCUAUUCGGAUGCCUGACAAUAAGCUGCAGGAUAUACCAGGCAAAUGUUCUAGGAAUCAUAAGAGGCUUCCCGCAAACAUUUCUAAAGUUAUUGAUCAACUUUUGGAAAUUGUUUUAAGCCAUCCAUUACCAAAGAAGUCAGACGAAGUUGCUAUGUCCUCCAGCCCUGUGCGAACAGAUAAGCAUGCAGUACAAGAGAAAGGCAAAUCAAAAGUUGGUGAAACCGUAGGAAUGGAAGAAAAUCUACCAGAAAGAUCUGCAUGGCUUUCUAAGAUGACAUUUGUGCUGAAGUUGUUGACUGAUAUUCUUCUCAUGUAUACUCAUGCUGCAGGAGUAAUAUUAAAACGUGACACAGAGACAGUCCAGUUGCAAGGUUGUUGUGGUCAAUUAGGUGCCUCAGGUCAUAGUGCAUUACUGCAUCAUAUAUUGCAUCAUCUACUUCCACUAGCUUCUGAAAAAUCAUCUGGAGCCUCAGAUGAACUGAAUGAUAAACUGUCUGAAAAAGCAUCAUGUUUCUUAGUAGUGCUUUGUGGUAGAUCUACUGAGGGCCGUAGGCGACUUAUUAUUGAGAUAUUAAAAACAUUUUCAUCAUUUAUCAAUGAAGAGGAAGAUUCCUCUAAAUCAUUUUUGAUUCCUGACAAAAUGAUCCUGACUUUUGUGGAGUUGAUAAAUUCCAUCUUAUCUAGAAAUUCUUCUAGCAAUGUACCUGGCCCUGGAUGUUCACCUGAUAUUGUAAAAGCCAUGAUAGAUGGAGGAACAGUUCGUUACCUUUCUUGCAUGCUUCAGGUGAUUGAUCUGGAUCAUCCAAAUGCUCCAAAAGUUGUAAAUUUGAUUGUCAAGUGUUUGGAAAAUCUCACAAGGGCUGCCAAUACUGAUCAAGUUCUGAAGUUGGAUGGACAUACUAAGAAAAUGUCAACAUUGGCACCGGGAGCUGGUGGUCAGAGUACUGCAGCAACUGAUAAUGUUCACCAUGACCAAAAUGGAAAUUAUGAUGACAUGAAUGCCAGUCGAAGUGCUGAUCUGUCUCCAAAUGAAUCUUCUCAUAGCGAGAGGAGUCAUGAUGUUCGAGAUGUAUCUAUCGUGCAAAAUACUAGAGCAAAUCUAGAGAAUCAAACGAUUAAUCCACCUGCCAAUGAUGAGCUUGUGUUCAUGCAUGAGGAGAUGGAUGAAGGUGGUGUAACACCUAAUACAAAUGAGGUUGAGUUGACUUAUCAGGUUGCUGACCAGAAUAUUGAUGACACAGGUGAUGAAGAUGAUGAGAAUGUUGGUGAAGACAUUGAGGAUGAUGAGGAAGAUGAUGAUCAAGAUGAAGAAGAGGAUGUAGCAGAGGAAGGUGCUGCCAUGUCUUUAGCAGAUACUGAUGUGGAAGAUCAUGAUGAUAAUGAUAACCUUAUGGAUGAUGAGUUUAACAGGGAAGAUGACCGCUUUCCUGAUAAUCCCGUUAUAGAAGUUAGGUGGAGGGAAGGUUUGACAGGUUUAAAUCAUAUGCGUCUUCUUAGAGCACCUGCUGAUUCAAAUGCUCUCAUUGACAUUGCUGAGGAUUAUUUUGAGGGUUUUGAUUCUGAUGAUUUAUAUCACCUUCAUCGUCCAUUUAGUAUAGGACACAACCGUCAAAGUAGUAGCAGGACUUUUGAGAUUUCUAGGCUUGAUGCAUCUGCAUUUCAACACCCGCUACUUGUGAGACCACCAGGUUCUGGGGACCUGUUUACCUCAUCAUGGUCUACAAAUGGAAGCUCUUCAAGAAAUUUAACCUCAUCCAUUGCAGGACUUGGUUCAUCCCAUCUCAACAUAUUUGGUACUACAGUGCCAUCCCAGCAUGCUUCUGUAGCUCCUAUUUUUGACGACCAUUUGGAUGGUGAUGCCCACUCACAUUUAAUUAAUUUUUCACAUGGAAUGAACUCUGGCCAUGUUUCUGGAAGAAGGGGGCUUGGUGAUAGCCGUUGGACUGAUGAUGGCCAGCCUCAAGUAGGGAGUCAUGCUUCUGCAAUUGCUCAAGCAGUAGAAGACCAAUUUCUGACUCACAUGCAUGCAACAAUGUCUGUCAUUAACCCUCAAACUAAAGAAAAAUCUGUGGAUGAAAACUCAGCUAAUCAACAAUUGCCAACACUGCCUGUUAAUGUCCAAGCAGAUGAGGCAAUUGAACUUACUGCUGAACCAACCAACAACCAAUUUCAAGUUCCUAGGAGUACUUCAGUUAAUCAACAUCUGAAUUUUCCUUUUGAAGGGUGUUCUUGUCCUCCAAGUUUGUCAGAUGAAACACUGUCUGUUCAGCAGACUGCCACUGUGGAGGAUAGGCAUCAAGGGGCAUCUGAAACGAGGAAGCAAACUCCUGAUAACCUGAAUGUCGCAGAUAAUACUCAAAUUAAUCUUGCAAUUGAAUCUAUCCCUAGAAUUGCAAGGAUGGCUACUAUACCUGAAGUUGAUUCCUCUUUCUUGCCAAUUAUGAAUAGCCAACUUCGAAUUGACACUGAAAUACUUGAUAAUCUUCAUGGUACAGGAGUCUACAACGAAGGUGGUAUCCCUAUCUCUGGUGUGCAAGAAUCUAUUAAUAAUCAUGCUGGUUCGUCUCCGGGAAGUACUGAAGCUCAUAUGAACUCUGUCAAUACAGUUCAGAAUCAGAACAUUGAUCUACUGCUAAACAGAGAUGAGUUAUCUGUUCCUCAAAUCAUACAAGUUACUGAACAAACUAAUCAGGCUGAUCGACUAGAUAGCAACGAGGCUUUCGGUGCCAAUGCAAUCGAUCCUACAUUUCUUGAGGCACUUCCAGAGGAUCUACGUGCUGAAGUUCUAGCUUCACAGCAAGAUACAAGGCCCACACAAGCUACCCAAGCAACCCAAGCUACAAAUUAUGGUCCACCACCUACUGAAGAAAUAGAUCCUGAAUUUUUAGCUGCUCUUCCUCCAGAUAUUCAAGCUGAAGUUUUGGCUCAACAACGAGCACAACAAAACUUACAACUUGAGCAAGCUGAGGGGCUACCAGUUGAAAUGGACAAUGCAUCCAUUAUAGCUACUUUCCCUCCUGAACUGCGUGAAGAGGUACUUUUGACCUCUCCUGAAGCAGUUUUGUCCAGGCUACCUCCUGCUUUGGUUGCUGAGGCACAAAUGCUCAGAGAUAGACGAAACAAUCGGUAUCACUAUCGAAGCACCCUCUUUGGAGGCAACCAUAGGCAUGACGGCAGGAGAAUAACAGUUAACAGGCAAGCGGUAAUGGAUAGAGGAGUGGGUGUAACAAUUGACCGAAGGAUUCUAUCUGCAAAUCCAAGCACUUCAAAGAGCAAAGAAAUCGAAGGGCUGCCACUUGUUGAUGAAAAUGCUCUAAAGGCUCUUAUUCGUCUAUUGAGAUUAGCUCAGCCCCUCAGCAAAGGCCUUCUUCAAAGACUACUGCUGAACCUAUGUGCGCAUGGUGUCACCUGCAGUAUUCUGGUUGGCCUGCUAAUUGAUAUGAUAAGGCUUGAAGUUGAAGGGUCUGCACAAUCAAUUUGUUCAGCUUCCCAACGGCUUUAUGGAUGUCGGUGGGAUGUCGUUUAUGGUCAACCACAACACAUUGAUGGUCUUCCCCCUUUAGUGUCACGCCGGCUUCUUGAAAUUCUGACAUAUCUGGCUAAAAAUCAUGUGCAUUUUGCAAGCACACUUUUCUACUUUGAUCCUUCAACUGUUGGAUCUGCUUCAAUUGUGUAUUCAUCAAUUCAAUGGGAGAAAGGUAAAGAGAAGACUCUUGAAACAAACGCUCCCCUUGAUAUGCGAACUUCAGCCAGUGGGUUUGUACCUUUAAUAUUACUUCUGAAGCUUUUGGACAGACCUUUAUUUUUGCGCAGCAAUGCACAUCUUGAGCAGGUCAUGUGCUUGCUCCAAGUAGUGGUAAGCAAUGCUGUCUCAGAAAUUGAUUGUGAACCAUGCUUCGGACAAGGUGUGGGAUUUUCUAAAACCCAGUUGGCAUCUAGAACUACUGAUGACAUAAGUGAAAAUUUGAGUUCCAAACAAAGGCCUAGUUUGGAGAAGAACCAAAAGUCAAGUGAUGAUGUGCCAUCUUCAAGUUUAAAAAAUACUUUUAAUCGACACGAAAUUUUCUUGCAGCUUCCAAAAUCUGACUUGUGCAAUUUGUGUCGCAUUCUUGCACAUGAAGGACUUUCAGAAAAAGUAUAUUCACUUACUGCUGAGGUGGUGAAGAAAUUGGCAUCAGUUGCUACUCCGCACCGUAAUUUUUUUGCAAAUGAGUUGGCUGAUUUAGUUCAUUGCUUGAGUUCUUCUGCUAUUGCUGAGCUCUCAACUAUGAGGAAUUCAAAUGUUCUGGAACAUGGUAGUGUUUCAGUGGCCGGAGCCUCAAUCUUGCGUGUGUUACAAGUACUCAGUAAACUUGCUUCAAUUGAUUCAAGUAAAGACGGAAAUGUUGAGGAGGAACAAUCCAUACUGUGGAAUCUUAAUUCAGUACUUGAUCCACUAUGGCAUGCACUGAGUGAUUGCAUAAGUGCAACAGAAAUACAGAUAGGACAGAUAGCAUCCUUCUUGUCAUCUUUACAUGAUGUAGGAGAAAUUGGUGGCCCUUUCGCUCCUACAGCACCUCUUCCUCCUGCUGCACAGAGUCUAUUGCCAUAUAUAGAAGCUUUUUUCCUCUUGUGUGAAAAACUUCAAAGUAAUCAGAUUAUUGGUCAGCCAGAUAACAAUGUGACUGCACAAGAAGUCAAAGAGUCUUAUGGGAGUUCAUUAUCACCUACUGCACCAAGUACCAUGACAUUUGCUAAGGUUGUGGAAAAACAUCGUCGUCUUCUAAAUGUCUUUAUUAGACAGAACCCGAGUUUACUUGAAAAGUCACUUUCACUGAUGUUAAAAGUUCCAAGACUUAUUGAUUUUGAUAACAAAAGGGCAUACUUUCGCUCUCACAUCCGACAACAACAUGAUCAGCACUUUGCUGCUCCUUUGAGGAUAAGUAUUCGUCGAGCCUAUAUUUUAGAGGAUUCUUAUAAUCAGUUACGUUUGCGCUCCAGUCAGGAUUUGAAGGGGCGUUUAACAGUGCAAUUUCAAGGCGAGGAAGGAAUUGAUGCUGGUGGUUUGACUAGGGAAUGGUAUCAGUUGCUUUCAAGGGUCAUUUUUGAUAAAGGAGCUUUACUUUUUACUACAGUUGGCAAUAAUUCAACUUUCCAGCCCAACUCUAAUUCAGUAUACCAAACAGAACAUCUUUCUUAUUUCAAAUUUGUUGGUCGAUUGGUCGCUAAAGCAUUGUUCGAUGGUCAACUGUUAGAUGUGUACUUCACCCGGUCCUUUUACAAGCACAUUCUUGGUGUAAAAGUGACUUAUCAUGACAUAGAAGCUGUGGAUCCUGACUAUUAUAAGAACUUAAAAUGGAUGCUAGAGAAUGAUGUCAGUGACAUUCCAGAUUUAACAUUUAGCAAGGAUGCUGAUGAAGAAAAACACAUCCUUUAUGAGAAGAAUCAGGUCACUGACUAUGAGCUUAUUCCCGGAGGGAGGAAUAUCAGAGUAACUGAGGAGACAAAGCAUGAAUAUGUGGAUCUUGUGGCUGAACACAUUUUGACCACAGCUAUUCGUCCUCAAAUCAAUUCUUUUCUAGAAGGCUUCAAUGAAUUAGUGCCUAAGGAACUUAUUUCAAUAUUCAAUGACAAGGAACUUGAACUUCUUCUAAGUGGACUUCCAGAGAUUGACCUUGAUGAUCUUCAAGCCAACACAGAGUAUACUGGAUAUUCAGCUGCUUCUACUGUAAUUCAGUGGUUCUGGGAAGUUGUUAAAUCAUUUAACAAGGAGGAUAUGGCGAGAUUACUACAAUUUGUUACUGGAACAUCAAAGGUUCCCCUGGAGGGGUUUAAAGCAUUACAGGGUAUAUCUGGUCCCCAGCAGUUUCAGAUUCACAAGGCAUAUGGUGCUCCUGAAAGGCUGCCCUCUGCACAUACCUGUUUUAACCAACUAGAUCUACCAGAAUACUCUUCCAGGGAACAAUUAGAAGAAAGGUUGCUGCUUGCUAUCCAUGAAGCUAGUGAAGGCUUUGGUUUUGGUUAGACCUUGUGGCAGUUGAUAACAUAUGACUAUUUUCUCUCUGCCAUGUACAGAUUCCAAAGGCAGAGUUCCCUGGGCUAUAUUUUGGAGCAGCGGGGCUGAACACUGGGAAAAUGCUCAAUCAGACGCCAUAAGAUCCCAGUAAAUUGAAACAGCCUGCAGUCUGGAUCAUGCUAUUGGAGCUUGACAUGGAAUGGCAUCUUCCACGUUGCCUGAUGCAUCUAUCUGUUAACAAUCGAAAGCACCUUCCAUCUUGUUUGCCUAUUGUUAACAUAUAUUAGGCUCUCUUGAAGUGUGCCUUUUCAAAUGUAAGUAGCAGCUGCAAUCUGGUAAUCAAUUUGCCUCUACAAUUUUGCCUGUUGAUUGUAUACUGGCUCUUUCUACCCGCCUUUUGAAAUUUCUGUUACUUCGCAUGUAAAUAUUGGACUACGAUUUGCUUUCAUAGAGAUGAUCAAAUCUAUGCCUUCAGUUCCUUAAA